AUGACAAAUAACGCUGUUGCUGUUUAUUUGCUCCACAGCUGCAAUUCGGUCGGGGCUAAAACUUACUGGAUUACUGUUCUGUUGUUUAUUAUUACAUUCCCUGCUGCCUUUCCGAUUUCUCUGGUGCUAGAUCUUUUCCUAGGCCAAGAAAUGGGACAAGCCUUCAACAAGGAGAAAGCUGCAGGAGCUGAUACGUCCAACAUAAUCUCUGGAGCACUGCAGUUGACUACCAAGCGUGUUGAAGAUGUCAUGACUAGGAUUGAGGACGUUUACAUGCUUGAAAUUAACACUGUACUGGACUUUGAGACAAUAACAGAAAUAAUGCACCAGGGCUACACACGGAUCCCCGUGUACGAUGGGGAAAAAACCAAUAUCAUCAAUCUUUUAAACACCAAAGAGCUUGCUCUUAUUGACCCAGAUGAUAAAACCCUGGUUAGUACAGUAUGCAGAUUUUAUGAUCAUAGGCCCCUGUUUGUUGACCACGAUGUCAAGCUAGAUGCAAUGCUACAAGCAUUUCUGCAAGCUGGUAGUUCUCACAUGGCCAUUGUCCAGAAAUUGCACAGCCCAGCUGACAGAGACCCUUACUUCGAAAACUUGGGUGUUAUCACACUAGAGGAUGUCAUUGAAGAGAUCCUGCAGAGCGAAAUUGUCGAUGAAACAGAUCUCAAGAUGGAUAACCGGCAGAAGGGACAACCUCUACUGAAACAGAAAGAGGAUUAUCAAUUACUUGUGGCAGAUACAAGGACCUAUACUCUACCCAAACAUCUGGCAUUUGCGGCAUUUCAGUUCCUGACCACAACUGUGGAACCUUUCUCUGAUGUCCACCUGGCUAGAAAUGUUUUAAAGACUUUAAUGAGGAAGGACAUUGUAGUCACCUUGACCCCAUCUGCUACACAUCCUAAUAAGAAUUACAUAUUCCGAAAAGGAAUUCCAUCAGAUAAGUUUGUUCUUAUACUGCAAGGUACAGUUGAAGUAGAAAUAGGAGGUGAAAGUAUGGUAUUUGAGACCGGACCCUUCAGUUAUUUUGGAGUGGAAUGUAUCAACAUUUGGGAACUUGGGGAGGGUGUUAAGCACAAGCAGUUUCAGAUUGUGAAAUUAUCAAAACGAUGGCUGUAG